GCGACCGCAUGCUGCUCCAUCAUUGAAAUACCGGCAUCAUUCAUCCUCAGGGUUAGAUGCGACCAGCUGAAAUAACAGCCUAGUCACGGACAGAACUUCAUCUCAGAAGACUUUAUUCUUGUUUUAAACACUUUUUCUUAACAGGAGAGAAGAAGUCUUCACCAUGAACACUCUGAACCAACAGUAUGAGGAGAAGGUUCGUCCCUGCAUUGACCUCAUCGACUCUCUGCGCUCUCUGGGCGUAGAGAGGGACUUGGCUCUACCUGCUAUCGCCGUAAUAGGAGACCAAAGUUCCGGGAAGAGCUCUGUGUUGGAGGCGCUGUCAGGGGUGGCUCUGCCGAGAGGAAGUGGCAUUGUGACAAGAUGUCCUCUUGAACUGAAGAUGAAGAGAAAGAAAGAAGGAGAGGAGUGGUACGGAAAGAUAAGCUACCAGGAGCAAGAGGAAGAGAUAGAUGACCCUGCAGAUGUGGAGAAAAAGAUUCGAGAAGCUCAGGAUGAAAUGGCUGGGGUCGGUGUGGGGAUCAGUGAUGACCUGAUCAGUCUGGAGAUCGCCUCUCCUGAUGUUCCAGACCUGACACUCAUUGACCUUCCCGGCAUCGCCAGGGUGGCUGUAAAGGGACAACCAGAGAACAUUGGUGAUCAGAUAAAGAGACUGAUCCAGAAGUUCAUCACAAAACAAGAGACCAUCAGUCUGGUGGUUGUUCCAUGCAACGUGGACAUAGCAACCACAGAGGCUUUGCAGAUGGCACAGCGGGUGGAUCCUGAUGGAGAGAGGACUUUGGGUAUCUUGACCAAGCCUGAUCUGGUGGACAAAGGCACAGAAGAGACAGUGGUUGACAUUGUCCAUAAUGAGGUCAUUCACCUGAAGAAGGGCUACAUGAUUGUGAAGUGCAGGGGUCAGAAGGAGAUCACAGAGAAGGUGUCUCUGACUGAAGCAAUGGAAAGAGAGAAAGCCUUCUUUGCAGAUCAUGUGUAUUUCCACACUCUCUACAAUGACGGCCAGGCCACUGUUCCUAAACUGGCUGAGAAACUGACGCUUGAGCUGGUGCAUCACAUUGAGAAAUCUCUGCCUCGACUGGAAGAGCAGAUUGAGGAGAAACUCGCACAGACUCAGGCAGAGCUGGAGAGAUAUGGCACUGGGCCCCCGUCUGAUGCAGCUGAGAGACUCAUCUUUCUCAUUGAUAAAGUGACAGCAUUCACUCAGGAUGCCAUCAGUCUGUCUACAGGAGAGGAACUCAAGUGUGGAGACAAACUCAAUGUCUUUUCUACGCUCAGAAGAGAGUUUGGGAAGUGGAUCAACCACCUUGACCGCUCAGGAGAAAACUUCAACAACAGAAUUGAGAGAGAGGUGGAGGACUAUGAAGACAGGUACCGUGGAAGAGAACUGCCGGGCUUCAUCAACUACAAGACCUUUGAGGUCAUGGUCAAGGAGCAGAUCAAACAGCUGGAAGAACCAGCCGUCAAGAAACUCAAGGAUAUUGCAGAUGCUGUUAGGAAAGUGUUCAUUCAGCUUGCCCUCAGUAGCUUCACGGGAUUUCCUAACCUCAUGAAAACAGCGAAGGCUAAGAUCGAAGUAAUAAAGCAAGAAAAAGAGUCCACUGCUGAAACCACACUGAGAACUCAGUUCAAGAUGGAGAUGAUCGUUUACUCCCAGGACAGAACCUACAGCAGCAGUUUGAGUGACAGAAAGAAAGAGGAGAAUGAGGAGCAAUCGGACGAUGAAAGGAGUAUUGUGUACAGCAUGGAUAAUCAUGCAACACUUCAGGAGCUGAUGUUGCACCUUAAAUCAUAUUACACUAUUGCCAGCCAGCGUCUGGCUGACCAGAUCCCGCUGGUGAUCCGCUACCAGAUGUUGCAGGAGUCUGCCGUCCAGCUGCAGAGGGAGAUGCUGCAGAUGCUUCAGGAUAAGGAGAAUGUGGAGUUCUUGCUGAAGGAGGACCUGGACAUUGGCAACAAAAGGGCUGCCUUGCAGAAUCGCCUCAAACGUCUCACAAAGGCCCGCGCAUAUCUGGUAGAGUUCUAGGAGGCCAAGACCUAAAAGCGUGGUUCUGCUGUACUGCUUUCAUUUGUCAACUACAGUACAAUUGUGGUUGUAUAAUGUAUACUAAAUUGACCUUCAUGUAAGACAGGCUGAGGCCAGUUUCUAUAAAUAGAAUAGAUAUACAUUUUUACUAUCUUCUACCUUUGGACUCCUGAUGGAUGUAGACUUCAAACUUACUCAUGACUACACACAUACAAUAGUGUAUCUUAGCUCCCCCUUGUGGUUAUACAAAAGAAAACGUAAUAAUGAAGUCCCAUCUUGAUGGCAAGACUCUGUAGUUUUAUGUAAUCCUGUAAUAAUUAUAGCAACCUAUUACAGAUAUUCUGAGCAAGUUCAAAUCCAUAACCUCUCUUACUCCAUGUCAUCAAUAAGUAAAUGUGGUCUUCCAACUUCAGCAAUGAAGGGUCUGCAUCAGAUAUGAAUACAAAGUUGAUUUAGGUCCGACUUCCUGCCCAGUAACUAUCAACCAAUAGUAGUUUGAUAAAACAUAUACUUUUUCUGAUAACCAAUGCAUCAAUGCAUUUCUCUUUACCAAUAAUUUGUGUCCCUGUAUUGUAUCAGUCUGAUGUCCUAUAUCUUUGUUGAACUUACAAUACAUCAUUAAAUCACUGUCAGCCUGGAAA